GCACUUCCGGGUCAUCCUGCUUACGUUUGUGUGCUACACCGGCCGGCGAGAGCGAUGAUGAAGAUGCAGGAAGGAGCAGGCUCUCUCCUGCUCUUCAUCACCCCGUUGUUGCUUCCACAGAGCUUCGCUUCUGAGAUCUCUGUGGUAACAUGCGGCUCGGCGGUGAAGCUGCUUAACACCAAACACAACGUCCGUCUACACUCCCAUGACGUCAGAUACGGCUCAGGCAGUGGUCAGCAGUCAGUGACUGGAGUCACUACUGCAGAUGAUGGCAAUAGUUACUGGAGAAUCCGUGGAAAAACCUCCACAGUGUGUGAGAGAGGAACACUAAUAAAAUGCGGACAAUCUAUCCGUCUUACACAUGUCAAUACUGGGCGUAACCUCCACAGUCAUCACUUUACCUCUCCAUUAUCGGGAAACCAGGAAGUCAGUGCAUUUGGAGAGGAUGGAGAAGGAGACUUCCUAGAUGACUGGACUAUACUCUGCAAUGGAGAAUACUGGCAGCGGGAUGAAGAGGUGCGGGUCAAACAUGAGUCAACCAACGUAUUGCUGUCUGUCACAGGAGAACAGUAUGGGCGUCCCAUAAAUGGGCAGAGAGAAGUGCACGGCAUGACGUAUGCAAGUCCGCACAACUACUGGAAAGUAAUGGAAGGCAUUUUCAUGAAACCGAGUGAGCCUCCAAGGACUGACUACAUGCACUCUGAGUUAUGACAGCCCUAACAUAGACUUUAUAAAGUCCUCCAGUCUUCUUUCUUAACCGCACAGUGUUUUGAGCUCUACAGUGAUUUUUCAGAAAAUCAGUAAAGCUCUGAGAUUUUAGCAAUGAAUUCAGGGGCACUGUUUGGUGCAACCUUAUUUGUUUUGUUAUCAUAUAUUUUAUUGUUAAGGCAGCAUGGGGCCAUUCUGUUAGUAUGGUCACACCUCAGCAGAACAAAUUCUUCAUAUAAUUGGCAGCAAGUGAAUUUAAAUACAAAUGGUUCAAAUUGUGAUUCCAUUCGUUAUUGCUAGAUAACUUUUUGUUUUAUGCCCUACCAAGUUCAUGUAUUAUGUUUUUAUUGACAGACACCUUAAAAUACGGCAAGUUUAUAGAAAUGCCAAAGGCUA